AAUUAUUUGAAAUUUAUGCCGCCAUUUUGUACAACGAGAAAUAAUAUUUUGCUCGCGCCAAGUUUUGCUCGACAAUGGCUACGGUUGACGUAUCGCAUUUCGAUGAGGAACGUAAAGAGAAAGCCGUCUACAAACGGAGAUCGUCGAUUUUCCAGACGCGCAUUGCAACGUGCGAUCAAACUAAAGGCAAUGAAGGCACAUCUAAUAAGAACAGGUUUUCACCGAAUAAAGUCAACAAAGAAUGUAUUGUUCAGAAUGAUGAGACAUUUAAUCUGAAGGAAUAUAUAGAGAAACUUAAACAGGAGCGUAAAGACUGGCAGAAAGAAUACAAGAAUCGCAAGAUUCAACGAAAAAAUCUGACUAAACAGAAAACAAGUGUGGCAGAACAAGGACAAGUUUUUGAUAUAAAUGUAUUAACAGAAUCUGACAGAGUUUUUCUUUUGACAUGUCCCGAUUAUGAACAUAUCUGCCAAAAUAGUCGGAAAACUUUGGAUGCAGCACUAAAAAUAUCUACACUUAGUCAGCAUAUACAAAAGUUAAAUAAAAAAUUUAUGGAAAAAAUGGAAAAUAAUAUAUCCAUAGUCACCAAAAAUGUUAUAAAGCUAUCGGAAUAA